AUGCAGGCCUCCCUUGCUGAGAUAGUCUCGAGCAUCGUUCGCUCACAAGUUAUGGAAGGAUAUCUGCCCUUAGGUGCCCUGUCAGCAUCUACACAGGCGAUGCAAAUAUCCUACCUCUGGUCGUUCGAUCUACUGGGUGCAGUGACCUCUCGAUCCUUCUACGGACGGCGGAAAGCGUUAUUUUUUUGUCUAGUUCCUUUGUUAAUCCUUCUAACGGCUCUCGUUGGGCCUUCAAGCGCUGUUUUAAUGAUUCCACGGGCAGGAAUGUCAAGUACACCACAUGUUGUACAUUGGCAUUCCAAGAGCGAUGAAGAUGCCAUGUUCCCUUCUCGAUUAGACAACAGGCAAAAUUUGACAUUGUGA